AUGACUAACGGUAUGGUUUUCCAAACGCAAAUUGCCUCCAUAAUGGAGGUGUUAGCGAAUGCCGCCGUGGCAGAGAUCUGUAAACUCGUAGACGACGACUAUGCAGUGUUUCGUUUGGAAAUAACUCAAAGCCAGAAAGAAAACAGGUCAUUGCGGAGGAAACUACAGCUACUUGAACUGAAGAUGGCACGGGACCGCGUCCUAGCCAGUCGUCCCAGUAUCAAGAUCCUCGACCGGUACAGAGGAAUGGCAAGAGGUGAAGGACAUCUCACUGGAGGCCACAGGAGCUUUGUGAAGCCAGCAGGACACAAUGCAUGGGGAGAUGACCAACCAAUCACUGAUGAGGGGAGUGCAACCUCAUCCCAGCACGUUAUCAUGAUAGAGUCUAUAGAUGCAGAGACUGCAGAAACUGCAGGUCCUGGGGUCAAGCAGGAGAGGUCUGAAGUAGAGGAGGACCCACGGCACAGUAGAAACAUCCAGACUGGAAUGGCUGGAGUGCACCCUGUAGCCACAGAGGACCCCAUUGCCACAGUGCAGCCCAGGACCCAACGCAGCAUCACGGAGGUCAGAGACAGACACAAGUCAGAGACAGACACAGAGACUUUAACUGUAACACAAAGCCUUAUACUCACAGGAUCUGACCACAGAUCAGACCCAGAGAGACUGGGGCUGGGGCCACUGGGAUGUCCUCUUGCUCCUGGCUCAGAGUACUUACUUUACGAUAACCCGAACAUGAGGGCUGUUAAUUCCCAUCUGGACUCAGGUGAUGUGUUAGAGACUGGCAAUGAUCCGUCUUGUUCUUACGCUACAGAGAUGGACCCUGCCAACAUGCGAUUGGGUUUAGAGACACACACUGAUCUGUCUAGAGGGGACUGGAACCGGUACAGUGGUAGUGUAUACUCCGAAGGGUGCCUCGAUAAGAAAGGGGAGGGUCUGCUCAUAGAUGAAGUGACUGUGAAAGUGGAGGGUGACCCUCCUCCCAUAUGGAAUGCAGAUAGUCAGCUAGGAGACAGACACUCACAGGGCAGAGAUUUCUUAGAUUACAGGGAAAGCUUAGAGACAAAUCAAAAUGUUGCGACCCAUUCCCCUUUGCACGCACUCAGGGAUCACGACCCAGUGUCAACGUCGAUGGGGCAUUCCGAUUCACAAGGCCGUGUCCUUUUCGAUCAGGUAUUGAACUCAAAAGACAGGCCUGGAGCCCAGGUUCAGGGAGGGGGAGAAACAUCAGGCGGUAUUAAAGAGAAACAGUUUCUCUGCAUGUUCUGUAACAAAGGCUUCAGCUGCCCCCAGAAGGUGGAGAUCCACCAGAGGGUCCACACAGGGGUGAAACCCUACAGCUGUAACCAAUGUCACAUGCGCUUCGCCCAGGCUGGCAACCUGAAGAGGCACCAGAUGGUUCACACAGGAGUGAAACCCUUCAGCUGUCCCCAGUGUCCCAUGUGCUUUGCUCAGGCUGGUGACCUGAAGAGGCAUCAGAGGGUCCACACAGGGGAAAAACCCUACAGCUGUACCCAGUGUCCCAUGCGCUUCGCCCAGGCUGGUCACUUGAAGAUGCACCUGAAGGUCCACACUGGAGAGAGGCCGUUCGCCUGUACACACUGCGGGAAGAGGUUCUCAGAGAGAAGCUACCUCAGGAUACACCAGCAGAAAAAACAUUCCACUCUAUAACAGAAAGUAACCAUUACAAUCAAUAGCUUCUGAUGUUUAGAUCAAAUCCUGCAUUAAAGACUAAGAUGCAUUUUCAUUGAUGUCAAUCAAAAAUGGCCACAGAUACAUUUGGAAUAAGUAGAGUAAUGGAUUUCAGUGUUUAAUAAUCCUGAGUAGAAUAUUGCAUCCAGACAUUGUGAUACACUGUAUAACCCUAAACAAGUCUGAUAGAUAGUGGUUGUACUUUGUCAGAUAUAAGAUGUUCACAAAUGUCUGUUUUAUUACUUCCAUUAAACUAUUUUUUUUCCAAGACACUUUUAAUGAGAAAAUGAAUGCAAUUUAUCGAGUUCAUGCAGAUUUUUUGUUGAGAAGUAUGUGGUUUUCAAGACUUCCUCCCGUGAUUAAACUUUUUCUGUUGUAAAGUGAUAUCGCAAGUAUAAAUACAAUGUUGAACAAUACAAUGUUUUGAACAAUAUUAUUUUUUUUGACACAACUGCAAACUUCAAGGAGUAAGGCAUUCAAUGCGUUGGUUUGAUGGGAAGUUGUGAUGCCAUUGGCCUAGUGAAUAAAAGACGAAAGGCCCAACCCACCCACUUGUGCUAUGUCCUGGACCACCUAUUAAGAUGUGCCUUUUUGCUAAGUAAAUCAGGUGUUAAGAGGUGAAAAGGAGACUGGAGUGGCACCUUAACACUUGUUCAUGUUUAAUAAACACAAAAUGGGACUUUU